AUGGGUAAUAACAGUCGGACGAGCAUCGGGCCGCUGCUGGUGCUCGUCGUGUGCGGUGCAGUGGUACAGUGGUGCAGUGGUGCGACGGCGGUAGAAAGCCACCGGACUCCGGUCACCGUACCGGAUCCGGCCGGCGAGCCAACCCGAUCCACCGCCGGCACUACGCCGACCGUUGGAUCCGAACGGCUCUCGCCGUCGUCGUCGACCAGCGUCGAUCCGAUUCGCCAGUCAUCCGUCGCAGACCAGCCAUCGCCGCCACCACCGGUGAAAGGCCCUGCAACGGCCCCGGUGACCAGCGUCGCGGAUCAACCGUUAAAAAAUGGCCGUGGAAAAUCCGGUGCCUCCGUGGUGGUCCCCGAGCCGGAGCAGCCGGACGGUCGCGGCGCCGGGCCUCAUUUGAAUGGUACGUCGACAACCUCGACCCCUGGCGGCACGUCAACGGCGGCUUCGGAAACGACAACGACGGCCGGCCCAACGACAAUGGGUAAGGCGCGGAGGGUGACGAAUCGGGACAACAAGCUGAUGUCGGUGUUGCAAGCGCGCCGAACGGCCCUGUCCAGGGAUCGGCCCUGGCGCAAGGAGUAUCCGUCAGACGUCCGACAUAGGCGACCGGCGUCGGUGCCGGUAUCGGACCCGGUGGCGGGCAACCUGGUCGAGGACAGCAGCACGCCCGAGACGGCGAACCUGAUCGUGCCGGUCGGGCGGGGUAUGGGUGGGCCGGACGAGUUCCUCGACACGGACGAGUCGAUCCACGGCAUGUACGUGGUGAACCCGCGCACCGGCAAGAUCGCGCUCCAGCAGACGGGUGCCAGCAUCAAGCUGGCCAAGGAGACGAACAACUUCAUCGGACCGAUGCCGGCGCCCGAGACGACAAAACUUUCGUCCGCGGUGAAAGUGGUGACACCGCCGACAACGACAUCAGCGGCCCUCUAUUCUGGCCGGGUCGUCGGGUCGGGCUACGGCGAGCUGCGGGGUAAACGGUUGCGCGAUCGUAAGACCUUUCCCCAGUCGACGGAGAAAUCGGUCGAGGACGGAGAUCUCAUCCCGUACCAGUACUUCGGCCAGAAGCUGAUCCCGGGGCCGAAGGGUGCGCCGGAUGCGAGGAACCAGGUGAUCCAUGCCCGCCGGACCCAGCUGAGCAAGCUGAGCAGGCCCGCCGCCGAGGAGUCUGUGGCCGCAGAAAUGGUCAUCGAGGUGGUGCCACCGAAAGCGUCGACGGAGAAGAGCAAGUUCUGGUCCAACCGCUACCAGACGCGCAAUGCCGUCGCUCUGAACCACUACCUGCGCAGGACGACCACCAGCACGACCACAACGGUCGGACCGCGGCCCGACGCUUCGCUGGUUCACUCGGAUGUCCUGGCCAACUCCAUGCUGGCGCUCAGCAACCUGUCCGACAGCGAGGCCGAAGACGAGAAGCAAGUGUUCUCGCGCAGCGCCAACUUCACUUCCACACUCAACAAGACUGAACCGGACUCGACGACAACAGUGGCCACACCGACAACAACGAUCAAACUUCCGGUGGCUUCGGAGCUACCGAGCAACCACAAGGCCGAGUCGGACGAGUAUCCGGCGCACGGCUAUGGCCCGCCAUCCGGGUCAUCCGGGUUGGUCGCUGGAAUCUCCAAGCUGAUCAUCAACUACCCGGACGAUGCGACGCCUGAGGAUCUCUACCGGCCACAAGGUUCCUUCGAAACGCACGCCCAAAUUGUGAACCUCCAGGAAGCGACGGAACAGACGACGACGGUGGCCGUGGACGAGGAGGACGAAACGGCACGAACGUUGGUCUCGCUUCCGGACAUCAAUCAGAUCUUCCGGAAUCUCUCCACACCGACGACGACCGAGAUGACCACCACGACAACGGCGGGGGCACUUCCGACCACUAGCACACCGAGUGCACCUCCAAGAUCGCGACUCAACACCCGGGUCUACGUUCCGGUGAGUCGAUCCACAACAACCCGAUCGACGGUGGGUCCGCCGCGGACUACGACUUCAUCUACGACCGUUCGGGAUGAAACCGAACCACCAACGACCUCGGUGCCGAACUUGACCGCGAGUCCAAUGGCUACGGAAUCGAGUACCAGCACGAGUGCAGAACCUCCGACCACAACGGGGCGGUACACGCGACCGAAACCGACCCCGAGAUCCUCGACGUCCACAACGACAACGGUGGCGGUCUUUACCGGGCUGCGGCCUCAUCCGCCGGACUCAGCCGAGAGCAACGAGACGGCCAUCGAGACGGCGGCAGGCUUCAAUCCGAUCCUGUCGCACAUCUUCCCGAAGCUGACCCUCGGGGCGACGCCACGGCCGCCACCGGCCGAGCCGGAGCUCGCCUUCACGUCACCGCCGCCGGCUCCGGACCACAGUUCCGGCACCCGGAAGCCGGCGGUCUCCUUCGACGGGGUGCUGCUACACCACAACAGCGACGUGGUGAUCGAGAUGCGCCGCAUGAACACGGCCACGUUCGUGCUGGCCGGGCUCGGGAUGCUGCCGAUCGUCAUCAUCGUGCUGUACGUCAUCAAGGCGACCUUGCUCGCCCGGGAAAACAAGGUAUCGCACGACCUGGAACGCUACAUUCCGGACGGACAGCCUCCGAUAAGUCCAGUGGUGCGGCUGGAGCAGUCGGACACUUCGAGCGCGACCGAUGAGUCGAUCAUGACGGAGCACGACUUUUCCCGGGGUAACCUGCGCUUCAAGAGCCUGCUCGGCGAGGGCAACUUCGGGCAGGUGUGGAAGGCCGAGGCGGAUGAUCUGGCGGGACACCUCGGCACCACCCGGAUCGUGGCGGUCAAGACGGAACGGAGUGACAACGGACACGGCGACCUGAAGGCGGAAGCGGAAAUCAUGCGCAAGCUCGGGUCGCACCCGAACGUGGUGACGCUACUGGGGGCCUGCCUCGAACAGGAACCACAACUGCUGAUCAUGGAGUACGCCAUGCGAGGGCGGCUGCUGUCGCUGCUCCGGGCGGCCCGUGGUGCCGUCAACGGGCUGGCCCCGUCCGUGCACAGCAAUCGGCCGCCGAUCAUGCCGCUGUCACCCCGACGGUUGACCGGGUUCGCCCAUGACAUCGCCCGGGGGAUGGAGUACAUCUCGGAGAAGAAGAUCGUGCACCGGGAUUUGGCGGCUCGGAACGUGCUGCUAGACCACAACGGUAUCUGCAAGAUCUGCGACUUCGGUAUGUCGGUCGACCUGGAGAAGGCCAAGUCUGGGCACGGUCAGAUCCGGCUUCCGCGGCAUCCGAACCAGAGCGAGUCGAGGUUCAAGUUUGACCUGACGGCGCGAUCGUUUGGGAUCGGUCGGCCGCAGCACCACGGGCAUCACCACGACACCCACGGGGGUCGGCAUGGGGGUAGCGGGGGACACAGUGGCCACAGUCACGGGCACGACACCAAGAGCCGGCCGGCGCUCCCGAUCCGCUGGAUGGCCCCGGAAGCGCUCCAGUAUCACAUCUUUUCCCGCGAAACCGACGUGUGGGCCUUCGGGAUCGUCCUGUGGGAGAUCGCGACACUGGGUUGCACUCCGUACCCCAAUCUGUCCGGACGGGAGGUGGUGCGCAGCGUACCAAACGGUGCCCGGCCGGAAGUGCCCGUCGAUUGCCGGCCGGAGCUGUACGAUCUGAUGCAGCGCACGUGGCGCAAGGAUCCACGGCAACGGCCGACCUUCAGCGAGGCCCGUACCUGCCUGGCGCGGACGCUGUGCCAGUGGCAGCUGGAGGAUAACGACACCUCGAACACCUCCGAGUACCUCGACGUGAGCGGCUUCAGCGAGGACCUGGAGCAGGGCAUGGUGUACUUCAACCGGCGGAUAUCGGAGUUUGAGUGUGAAAUCUAGCCCAACACCUGCGGCUGCUGAUAAUGUACAUACUUUAGCGCUCUCUCUCAUCCCCCUACUCUCUACUUCCGUGUUUUGCGUUUCAUUCAGUCGUCCACCAAAUCGUCCACCACCGCUAUGCUCGGUAGCAUUUUAGGGGUAGCCUUAAUAAAAUCUUCAUCGUAUCAUGCGACCGCACCGAUAGCAGCACCAAUUACACACCAUCGACAAGGAAUGCCGCGGACGGCGGCGGCAGCAACUAGCGCAAGUGAUAGCAAAGCAAUUAGCGCACCGAUCACCGAAUCACCGAAUGGUUUGGUUUUGUGUUUUUCCGUCCAUCUGAUCAUUGUUGUACAUUGGGAGCAAAAGUGUAGCAUAGCAAAAGCAUAGGUGAUUCCACAGUAGGACCAUAAGUGACCCCCUCCCAUCCCCUCCUUCCAUUGCUAGCUGUUAGGAUUAUUUUAUUAUUAUUUUUACAUUCGUUUGCGUUGCGUCCGGGGCAUCGCGGUGUGCCGCACGGUGCCGCAACAGCCGUUUACAAAACAGAAAUAAAAACAAAAACUUUU